AUGGCCCCAAAGAAGCGCUCUCAAACUCCUCGACACUCUGGCGUCGCCGAACCUUCUACGCCAAUCCCUUCCCUCACCACCACCACCACCACCACCACACUCCUUUCAGAUACGUCCAACAAAGAUCGACAUCGCCGGCCGAGAAACAGCCCGCGAACCAUAUUCUCAACCCACUCGCCGACCCAGGACACGGUUGCCUCAAAUCCAUCGCCUAUAGUACCAGACUCUCCCCGCUCACCGGUCGAAGGUCUUGCCCAAGGUUCCAACUCGCGUCGCGAAAGCACCUCCACCAUGAGGACUUCAUCUAUCUCGAUCGAAGGCCCGCCCACGUGUACGCCGACCGGGCGUAUCAGCAAGGCAAAGAAAGGGAAACGAGUGCACGCCUGUGAGUUUCCAGGUUGCGGAAAGGUCUUCACCCGGGCAGAACACAGAAGGAGACAUGAACUCAAUCACAAUCCUGAAGCAUUGUUUCCUUGCACUCGUCCCGGUUGUCGAAAAGCAUUUCAUCGUGUUGAUCUUCUUCAAAGGCACCAAGAGAGACAUGACCUCGAGAGCGCAGCUGAGGCUCCCUCUGGACAAAUGGGCCAGAUGGGGCAGAUGACGGUUGCUUCAGAACCACCCUCGAUGAUGCCUUCGACGACUAUGAGCAGCCCUCAAGCGGACCGAAGUGCUCCCAGAUCCUCUUCAGGGGGUCUCUCCAUCGGUUCCCUCGUCCACCCUCAAACGGAGUAUCGAUACAAUCUGGGAACGCCCGAUUUCAACGGUUUUGCACCACGGCAGUCGAUGCAUUAUGUUCCAGGCUUCAACUCUUCCGACGAGUUCAUGUACACUCCUGAGAGCAGCCAGUCUCCUGUUUCAGAAUACUACGGCCGAUACCCCCAUCGUCAGAGCAUUUCUUCCUCUUCUUCCGUUGCUGCUUUUGAUCCCAAUAACGGAACAUCUCCUUUGAUCGGCGGGAAUAUACCAGGCGCUUGGGCUCCAUCAUCUGCUCCUCCCAACAUCCUUCCAUCAAACAUGCUUGAUGAAGGUGCCUAUCUUCCUUCUCCCGCAGACUCUACCCUACCAAUACCCCUCUCCGACCUGGAUGGAUACGAAUGGUCUGUCAUUCGACGAGAAUUAUCAAGUGCCUCUGGAUUACUGCCCGGAAAUGCCUCAGCCGGUAUAUCCGACACUAUAAGAUGGCAUUGUCUCGAUUAUUACUGGCAAUAUUUUCACCCUCAUUUUCCCGUUGUUCACAGACCGACGUUUCUGCCGACCAAACCGAGUCCUCUCCUGGCGAGUGCCAUGGCGGCCAUUGGAUCGCAAUAUGACGACCGACCCGACGCCAAAACAUACUCUCUGACGCUUUUGGAGAUUGCCACGAAACUCCUGAGACGACGAGAUAGCAUUACGAGUCGGUCGAGGCUGGUCGACCUUCAAACCGUUUUCUUGCUGGAAGUUCUGAGCAAGUAUUGUGCCAGGAGGGUCGAAGUCGAGAUGUCGGCGAGAUUCCGCUCGCUCUUUGCCAGCCUGGAUCAGGCGCGUCGAACUUUGGCCACGGAUCCGCUAGCCGUCUUUCGCACUCUUCGCAAAGACCGGACCUCUGAGGACAUCGCCCGAGCGCACAAAUUCUGGCUGGAGUACGAAACACGACGACGGAUUCUUCAGGCCUCGACAGUUCUCGACCUCCAACAGGUCAUUCUCUUCGAGCAGCCGGCAACCAUUGUUCAUCACGAGCGACCUCGACGAGCAACUCCGACAUUACGUUGCAAUGUCUCUAUGCCCUGUCCGGAGGAGCUGUGGGAAGUCAGUCCAAUCGAAGCAUGGGUCGAAAUGGCCUCCAAAUGUGAAGCAUCUAAGCCGCGACCGGUGGGCCAUGAUCAACCGUCUCCGGCGCCUCUGGACUAUUUCCAGAUUCAAGUCAUCCUAGCGGCCAAUCCAUCACUCGCCGGUAAUCAAACCUUGCUCCAGAAAGAUCCGCCCGACGAAUCGGCCACUCGCCUGACUUUCAAUCGUCAUAUGCGGGAAAUGGCCAAAAACACGCCCAUCCGCCAGUUGCUGGUGGUCAGUGGCGAGUCCUGGAUCAUGGGCAAGAAGCUGGAGAAUGAAGCGGAAUUUCAAGACGCCAAACGUAAUCUCAGAGCCUGGAUUGACUCGAAUUACGAAAGCCGGGUCGCUCUAUGGCAUGCCACGCAGUUGAUCCGGACGACGGCUAAAUUCACCCCGUCUGAUUCUACAAACACUGAAUUCGUUGUCUCUUUUCACGACACCCACAUGCUCCACGAGCCAUGGGCACUCUACCUAGCAGCACUGGUUUGCUGGGCGUAUGGGUUCACCGCAUCGACCGUGCUAGAAAGCAGUGGUCAAGGGUCAGGGGCUGCAUCAACCGUGAGCGAGCCCAAUUCCAAUCUGUCACGCAGCUCUAGCUUGUCUUCGGCGCAUCCGGCACUACUAGACUCGCACGAGGCGGCAUAUGCGACCCGAGAAUAUUUGCAAGCUACGAACGUGGAAACGGUGGAGGAACUUUUACGAUUGGAUCCACAGAUCUUUGGCCGGACGCAUGGACUUCUCGAAAUCGUCCGGCUCAAUAAAAUUGGACUCUUCUUGGGCGGACUCAUGAAUGAAGCGGAGCGGGUACUCUAUCGACUCGUGGAGGGACGCAGUCGACUAUCACAUUUCUAA